AUGAAAGCAGGGCUGCUGGCCCGGCUGCUGGCGCUGCUUGGCGUCGCCUUUAUGGCUUCAGCUCAUGGUGGGAAUGGCGCAGUGUCCGCCACUUCGGCGCCGCACCGUGCUUUAGGCGAUGCAGGGGUGUCUGAGGGCUUUUGGCGGUUCGUUACUGACGAAAUCGAUGGAAUUGCUCUCGUUCUGGGAAUCUUAGCCUUUCUGGGGCUCCUCAACGCGCUUGCUGACGUCACACAAUCGAAGUAAGCCCUUUGGCGAGCCUGUCUUUGCCUCCCAUCAGACGAGCGAGCUAUCAUGAUGUGUGUGGUGCGUGUGCAGGUACCCGUUGGCGCACUCUGACUGGGUGUACCUGUUCUUUGUCAUUCGCCGCGACUCAACUUGGGGCCCGCCAGUCUCUGACAGACCCACCACAGCGGUAGGUAUUCCACACGAUGAAAUGCCAUCAGCCGCGCUUCACAGCGCUUCUUAUUCUGGUUCAGGCGCCUGAGAAUCCGGCGGCCAACACCAACACCAACCCUGCUGCUGCUGCUGAUGCUGGUCGCGAGCGUGUCCGAUCCUCACUGGACAGCCAGGCGUCGGUCAUGAGCGACGAGGCAGCCGACGACGAUGGCCCUUCCCCCAGCCCUCCGCGCCCCCUUGCCGCUGGUGUGCGUGACUGCAUCAGGCAGUUCUUUCUGUGGGUGUACACAUCGCUGGUGCUGUGGUGGCACCCGCCGGAAGACGACAGCCCAAUCAGUAUAGAGGUGGAGAUACAACGGGGCGAGGUCGCCUACACCACCAAUGUGACGCUCGUCGGACUGAUGAAGGAGCAGCUCGCCGACUGGGCUCGCAGGUAUGAGCAUGAGCACUGCAGUCAGUGCAGCUCGGAAACAACUGCUGAAUUUGUGACUGCUGAAUUUGUGCUUGUUGUUUCCAUCCCGUCGUCCGUGCAGGUGGUGUCUGACGGUCGCUAUCUUCCUGGACCUCGAGCGCGGCAAGUGGCGGACAUGGGCCACUCGCCCCCAGCCCCCGCCCCUCUGUCUGUCUGACAGCGGCCCAUCCCUCCCCCAUCGCCAGCGCGAUUCGUCCAUCGGCUCGCCAUUCCUGUCGGCGGCCGAGUCCGCCCGCAGUGUCGAUAUGUGGGGGGAGGGCAGGCCGGCAGGAGGCGCCAGGCGAUUCUGCCAGGUGUUUGGGUGGGUGGCGAGUCGCAAGAUGUCGGCGGUGCGGCUGUGUAGUGGUCUGCGCACUGCGUCGGCGCAGCUGCACCCGGCCGAUGACUCCCUGAUCUGCACUGUGGCAAUGGUCCUCACUCUCACCAUAUGGGCACUCGCCAUUGCAAUCGGGCCGGUAUGUGGGAAGAGCACCUCCUUCUGCUUCUGUCCAUCCAUCUACCUGUGUAUGUAUGUGUGUGUGUAGGCGUGCUGUCGGCAGAGACCUGCGUGGCGGGGGCUGGCAGAGGGGACCGCAUCAUGGCCUUAUGUGGUGGCGGCUGUCGCCCUGGUGGCUGGGUGGGGGAUGGAGCGGCUGCUCAUGGCCGCGUUCUUCAGGCCAUAUCUACCACAACCCAGGCCAGGUGAAGUAGUGGGAUCCCUCACCUGCAUGAUGACGUGCCGACGCUCCCUUCACUCAUCUGUGUGUGUGUAUCUGUGUAGGUCGCGAUGCUCAGGAGAUUGUUCGUCUGUGGAUUCGACUGGCCACACUGACCAAAAGGUGGGUGGGCUCAGGAGACAGAGCUGACAGAGUCCUUAUGGUUGGUAUGCGUGGGCCACCAUCGACGCUGUCCUCCCUCUCUCAUCAUAUAUGUGUAAAUCAGGCGGUUCACUUGUCCGCUGGUCAGUGUCUGUGUAUUGGUCGUCGCCUUCUUCCUGCUGAAAUCGUCCAGCCAGGUGAACAACAGCGCAAACUCCUCUCUCUCAUCCAUCCAUCCAUCCAUCCAUAUAUCCAUUGGUGUCUGCAGGCGGUGUCUAACUGGGUACUCCUGAGCGGCAGCACUCUGGUCUACCAGCUCUUCCUCUGGCCCUUCACCCAGUCGCUCGUCAUCGCCUCACUGCAGACCUGCUGCGCACCCGCCACUGCCCAUACACACACACACAGGCACACGCCGGUCGACCUCACGAGCUCGUCCGAGCAGUACUACACGGCCGUCGAGUCGACGCCGUCCUCCCCUUCACACAGAGCCGGUGGCGGCGAGGGGGAGCCCGGUGCUGCCAGCGACCGGCGGCGACCGUGUGUGGACGGUUCGUGGGUGUUGGGGGGGUGGCCUGAGUGGGCUGUGUGGGAUGGAGACUUGCUGGUGCAGCGAGAGGGCGUGAGGAGCGUGGAGGGCGUGAGGGAAUACCUCAUCUGGAGAGUCGCUGCCGAAAAGGUACACAAGCAAGCAAGCAGGCAGGCAGGCAGGCAGGAAAAGUGUGUAUGCAGAAAUUGGAUUCCUGCCUGGACGGACUCUCUCCUCUCGCCCUCUGUGUGCCGGGUCGGGUGCAUUCAUUCAGGCGCAUAUCGUGUCCUGGUGGCGCAGCCUAUCGGCGUCUGCAGCAGCAGAGGAAGCCCAAGCCCCCACCACCACAGCAACAGCACCAGCAGGCGGCACCGAGCUGGCCCCCCUCCCCUCCUCGCCUCCCCCCAUUCCAGAGCAAGCGGCCGACAUCGAGAUGCGCAUCCCCCUCCUGCCCCCCGCACCUGCGUCCGCAUCUACGCAGGCCGACUCGCCCCCUCCCUUCAUGCACCGACAGACAGACGAGGGCAGAAAGCUGCAGCAACCAGCCCCUGAAAACAAGGCCAGAAGACCCUCCCCCGACCCCGCCAGACAGCGGCAGCAUCUCGACGUGCCGGCCCACCCCUUCACGCUUCCCCAGACGCGGAGCUCAGACACGGACGCACUCGUACCGACAGGCGACAACGAUGCGGCCGUGGAGCUUCGAUCCCUCCCUGUGUCGCGUCGCUCGUCUGCCAGGAAGGCGUCCCACGACUCGCCCCGGUUCUUCGACGCCGUCUCUGACAUCUCAGAUGCCGACAACGCCGAUGUGUGUGGUGGCAACGACCCCGAGCGGCCGGAGAGCGAGCCAGAUCGGCCAAUGCGCACCGAGCGCACCGAGAUGGAGAGCGGCGCCCUGGCCAUGGCCGGUCAGAGGGGUCUCGGCGACAAAGCCAGGAACCAGGCGCACUUGGAGACGGACCGAAGCGACAACCCGCCCCCUGGAAACCCCCCCGUGCCGCGUCUGCCGCCCUGUCACUCGCCGGUGCCGCCCAUGCGUGGGGAUAGCUUCCCGCCCGAGCAUGGCGACGUCAGUGUGAAGGCGGCCGACAAGAAAGGGGCGGGGGCGGGAGAGGCGGCGGCUGUGCUUGACGAGGUGCGCAAGGUGCUGGCGGCGCUGGUGCGCAAGCACAGGAUGAGCGAGAAGGAGGCCGCACUGCUCUGGGAGACCUGGCCUCUCAAGGUACAACGACCGUGUCAUUUCUCCGCUCAUGUGUGUAUGGGAUGUGGUUGUGGUUGUGGUUGUGGGUGUGUGCAGGGAUUGGUUCGGCUAGCUGAGGGUGGGGUGAAGUGCACCGACUCUGAGCAGCUGGAGAAGCAGAAGGGGGUUGUGCUGGACCUGAUCAAGUCUGCGGGGAGCGGCCUGCUGCAGGGGAAGGGGCUCGGCAUCAUCUCACUACCCGUACGCAUCUUCGAAUGCAAAAGCGCAUUCCAUCGGUAAGUAAUCCGACACACAACACACACACACACACACACGCAUACAAGCAGGAUAAGCACACAUCUUUUCCUCGUCAGUUUGGCUGAGAUGUGGAGUUUCUUGCCGAUCUUCCUGACCAAAGCGGCUUCCCUGCCGCAGGACCCCGCCCAUGACCUGGAGCGGUUCAAGCUGACCGUCACGGGCAUCAUCGCCGGCCUCUACUGUGGCAUCAGCCAACUCAAACCAUUGUACGUCACACGCAGACGCGCACACGCACAUGUGUGUGGACGUAUCAUGUCCAUCGAUCUCCGCCUGUCGAUGUGUGUGUGUGUGUGCAGCAACCCCAUGUUGGGUGAGACGUUGCAGGGCUGCUGGCCGGACGGCAGCGAGCUGUGGUUCGAACAGACCUCAUUCCACCCUCCUGCAUCCAACUACCAGGUGGGUGGCAGAGGUCCGUCAGUCGCCACACACCACACCGACCAACACAGACCGCCGUCUGCACGUAGAUCUUGACGCCUCACGGUGGUUGGUGGAUGGCGGGAUUUGCCGAGUUCCACGCAAACAUGAAGGGCAACGCAGUCAUCGGAAAGCAGGAGGUGGGUGGGUGGGUCACUCUGCCUGCCACAAUCAGGACACAGCAGGACAGUGAAUCUAGGCCCGUCUGUGUGUUGCGUUGCAUUGCUUUGGCAGGGCAAGAAUGUGGUUUGCUUUCCGCAUACUCAUUCCCGCCAGCGUGUCGAGUUCAACGUGCCGUACGUGCGGCUGUCGGGCCUCUAUUUCGGCGCCAGGCUCGUACACUACAUCGAGAGCGGCAGGUGGGUGUCUGUCUGCCACCAAGCGGCUCACAUGCUGCAGAUCAGAUCCUUCCUUUGCAAUGAACGGUCUGCAGGUUCUUCGACCCUAUCAACGGCUACCAUCUUGAGCUCCACUUCGGCAAAGAGUCGCACAGACGGGGGCUAUUCACCAGGUGGACCCGGUCCAUCCCUCCCUCCCUCACAGGGAGACAGAAGAGUCUCCAUCUGUCUGUCUGUGUCUGUCUGUCUGUGUUGGUCAUGCAGACGUGCAUCCGGUCACGCGUUGGACCACUUCAAGGGCUACAUCACCAAGCGCAAAGUGGCCGUCGACCACCCCCCCACGCCCCUGCACACCCACUCACACACACCAACCCCCCAUGCCGACCCCCACCCGCAUCUUCAUGGUCAUGCACCCCACCGGUCGCUGGCCCACCGCCGGAGCUCCACACACGAGAUGCUGCGGGAAGGCGAGGACAUCGUGUGCGAGGUGUUCGGAUCGUGGCUGGAGGGCUUCUGGUGCGACAACAAACCCUACUGGCUCAUACAGGUAUUUUUAAAUGGAAUCAUUGGCAAAAUGAGACAGACGGGAAGCUGUGUUGGCGGAUGUGAGAUGUGUGUGCGUGUGUGUGUGUGUGUGUGUGUGUCAGGACUACCGCCCAGUCGAGCUAUGUGUCCCGGAGCCGUCACAAGUACUGCCCUCUGACUCAACGUAAGAAGAGGGCAUAGUGUACCCAGCAGACAGGCCACCAAAAGGACGGGUGUGGUGUGGUGUGCAGGAACCGUCCCGACUUGGCGUACCUGAAGGCAGGCGACACCGAGACAUCGCAGGAGUGGAAACUCAAGUCGGAGGCCAGGCAGCGCAAGGACAGACACAAACGGUCGGUGAGUCCACAUGUAUCUGCACCAACCGGCGAGCCAGCAAAUAGAGACAUGGCGGUGUCCUCCUUGCUGGCUUGCUUUGCACUGCAUUGACGCAGAGAUGCAUGUCGGCGGGCUCUUCAGCUGCCCGAGUUGCAAUUCAAAUGA